AUGUAUCAGCAACAAACUACGACAGGCAUGGUGCCUCUGUCGGUGGACUUCGACAGUCCUGAGGAUUAUUUCAUCUUUAUCUUCCAGGUUUUAUUCGCCACAGCUACUGUUCUGGUGGCUGGAAUAGUUAUUGGCAUCCUGGCCACCAAAGCGCUGCGCCUCCAGAACAGGUUCAUUUUCAUGCUCAACACCAUCUGCGACACGCUGGUGGGCUUUUCUGUGUAUUAUCCGAGUCUGUUUGACGUCCAGGAGGGAUAUCCUUCCAGAAACGGCACUUACAACGUGCUACCGUCACUUCUAGGCAUUAAUAUAUUGACGUUUCUGUUCGAGCAGUUUGAUCGCUAUUUUGCGGUGUGCCAUCCCUUCAUCUGCAGCCGCUUCAUCACCAGGCAUUUCGUGAUUGGCAUCAACCUGUACUGUUGGGUUUACAGCUUUGCGCACUUGCUCGCCAGGAAUUUGCUGCCACUUUCCAAAGCCAUACAGCUGUACGUGUUCAGCAUCGUCUUCCUCUUCGUGCUCACCAAAGUGGUCAUGACGAUCAAACUGUACGUUAUUGCCAGAUACCAGCUGGCGAGAGAUCCUCCCAGCGCAGAGAGGGAGAGCAAAAAGGAGUCACUCAGAAUUAUCAUCUUUGCUGUCAUAACCUUCCUGCUGCUGUGGUACCCCUCUUUCGUUAAUAUCGUCCUCAGAUUGGCGCUGGGAGUCGGGCUGACUGGGAAAGCACUGCGCGCAAAAUUCGACAUUUAUGAUUUUACGCAUGCAUUUAAUUGUCUGUAA